CCUCUUUUUCUUCUUCCAACCAUCAAUCAAUCUCUCUUCUUCCAUUCUUGCUUCCUCAAAUCUCACAAACAAACAAAAAAACAAGAAAAGAAAAAAACCAAACAUGGGUGUUGUGUUAAAGCUUGUAGAUGCAAUCUUGUUCCUAUUCUUUCUCUUAAUAGCAAUUGUAGCACCAUUGAUAGAUUCUCAAACAUGUCUCCCUUUAUCUUACUUUCCUGAUAUUCUUGUCAAUGUUAAAACAUGGUACACAAAUGAAUAUGGUGAUUAUCUUGUUGCUGAAAAACCACAUUUCUUUGUUGGUCUUAUUUGGCUUGAACUUCUCUUUCAAUGGCCUCUUUCUCUGAUUAAUCUCUAUGCUAUGUUGUCUUCUAAGCCUUGGUUUAAUACCACUUGUUUGAUCUAUGGUGUUUCUCUUUCCACUUCCAUGGUUGCUGUAUUAUCAGAAAUGAUGGGAUCCAAGAAAGCAUCGGAUAAACUCUUGACAAUGUAUUUCCCUUUCAUGUGUUUGGGUGUUUUAGCUACUCUCAGAGGUUUGUUGACAAAUUCUUCCAAGUCUUCUUCAGCUUUUGGCAAGAGACCUGCAAUUGCGAGGAAAAAACGAGCUUGAAACAGUUUUUACUGAAUCAAACUUGAGAAAAUGCGAAGAGAAGAAGAACUGUUGGUGUGAAAGGAUGUAGCAUGCAAAUUUACUUCGUCUAACCAUGUUUCGGUACCUUUUAGUGUUGAGUUUGUAUUUAAUCGAUUAAUCGGCAUUUUAAUCAUUGAAAUUGUUAGGGUUAUUGAAAUUAGUCCCACAAAUUUGUGAAAUAGCAAUUUAGUCUCUUAAAUUGAACAAUAUCAGUCAAUAUUUUGUCUUGAUGUAGCAAGAGAUUAUUCAAAUCAA